CUGCAGUGUUUGUGUGGGUUGUCUGAACAUUUUAUUCAGCCUCUAGCACUUCCUGGUCCUGUGGGUUAGUUACAGAGUAGCUCAGAUAACAUUUAAGGUGGAGUCUCAACUGAGCAUUCCAUUGUCUAAGUACUGCCCCUUUCCUAGACAACGCAUACCUUCGUUUACCUGCCGAGAGUAAGUCAGUGUAGUCUCUACAUACUGUUACGUAAAAUCUAUUCAGUAUCAUCUGGAAAAGAACAGCUGGGACAGAAUAUGGCAUCUACCAUCAGUCUCCUCCCUGAGAAGCACUUUUUGUGUUCCCUGUGUAGAGACAUCUUCACUAACCCCGUGACGAUACCAUGUGGACACAGCUUUUGCUUGUCUUGUCUCUCCCGCUACUGGACACGACACCAGUCCAAAUACUGCCCCCACUGUAAAAGAGUGUUUAUUGACAAGCCUGACCUCAGUGUCAACCACAUUCUGGCAGACGUCUCUGACAAUUACAGGAAGACUCGACCUCAGAGACCCCCUGAUGAGGAAAUGAUUGUAGAUUCUGAGCAAAUGAUUCAGGAAAGGCUGCAGAAGAUAAAAAGGCUGAAAUAUUCUCUUGAGCUUCAAAAGAACUCGUACCUCAGAGAGGUACGAGAGAGUCAGAAGAUUUUCUCUGCCCUUGUGAAUGCCAUGGAGAAGAGUCACAAAGCGGUUGUUGCUGCCAUUGAGGAGAAACAGAGAGACGAGGAGAACAGGGUGGAAACACUGGUGAGAGAGAUUGAACAGGAGAUCCAGGAGCUGAGGAAGGAGACCAAUAAGUCUGAUCCUCAAAGCGACAUCUCUGUAAUUGGUGAUCCAAGUGAUGACACAAAGCAGCUUGCUGUGGACUGGUCCACGGUUACCAUAGAAACCGACCCUUGUAUUGGAGUCACCAGAAGAGCGUUGUCAGACACACUGGACAAAAUAAAGGUGGAAGUCUACAGACUCUCCAAAGCAGAACUUAAGAGAAUAGAGAAAUACUCAGUGGAUAUCAACCUGAGUGCUAAAACAGCCCACCCCUUCCUUUUAGUCUCAGAUGACAGAAAACAUGUGCGCCACACGAGCAAGCUUCAGGAGGUUCCCGAACACCCCAAAAGGUUCGACCGUGUGGCAAACGUGCUGGCCAAAGAAAACUUCAGCAGCGGGAGGUACUAUUGGGAAGUGGAGGUUGGGGAAAAGAUCGAAUGGAACCUGGGAGUUGCCAGACAGUCUGUAAACAGGAAGGGCAAGUUUACUGUCUGCCCCGCAAAUGGCUUCUGGACAUUAAGCAUGAAGGCUGGAGGUCAGUGCACAGCCAACACAUCUCCUGUCACUCUGUUGUCUCUAGAGUACAGACCCAGGAAGGUGGGUGUGUUUUUGGAUUAUGCUGAAGGCCAAGUGUCCUUUUACUGUGUAGAAUCUGGAGUCCACAUUUACACGUUUAAAGAUAAGUUCACUGAUCGACUUCAUCCAUUCUUCAAUCCUGGUCGCUUGCAUGGCGGCAAAAAUGCAGCUCCUCUGGUCAUCUGUUCUAGUUUUUGCAGCAUCUGAACGUCAUGGAAAUAUGUCCUGUGCAAAAACAGAGCUGCUGUUCAAAUGAUUGACUUUUCAGAUGAAUACUGUAUAUACAAUAUUUCGCAAAUUAAAUCUAUUUUUGCAGGA